UCCUUCGCCUCCGUGCAGGUUAUCAUUUACAUGACCCAUUUUGAAGGUGUAAUGCAUUACUGCACUGAACAAGGCCGCGGACAGUCACCAUGGCUUCAGAUGGCGAAACUUCUGUGAGGGACCCUGACCUGAGUGAGCUUGCCGAUACGAAGAAUUCGAAAGGACAUGGAUUCCACUGUUUCAAGCAUGAUGGGCUGUAUUUCUUCAUGUUGCCUGAACACCUGGUGAAGGGACAGAAACAAGUAGACAGAAUCAAAAGUGUCACAGAAGCCGAACUGAAGGACGAUGACAUCAUUAUCUGUGCGUAUCCCAAAUGCGGAACCCAUUGGUUGUGGGAAGUCAUCGAGAUGUUAAUCAGUGGGACCAUUCAUUAUCAAAAGGAUGUCAAAGAAACCAGGAUGUUGGAAUUCAUCUUCAAAGAUGGAAUAGAAGCAGUGCCACAGCCACGUGUCUUCAACACCCACCUCCCUCUGCGCAUGCUCCCUAAACAGGUCGUGGAGAAGAAGAUCAAGUGUAUUCAGAUCAUGCGCAACCCUAAGGAUGUCUGUGUAUCCUUCUUCAACCACCUCAGAGAUGUGACUCCACCAGCUAACUAUGAGGGGGACUUCGUGGAGUUUACAGAGGCGUUUUUGUCAGAGAAAAUUCCGUUUGGAUCCUACUCCACCAAUCUGCUAUCAUGGAAAACCGAAGUGGCAGCUGCACCAGAGUUACCUGUCCUUGAUAUGUACUACGAGGACAUGAAAACUGAUCCUGUUAAGGCUGCUAAAGACAUCGCCAAAUUCCUGGGCCUAUCAUGUACAGACAAGUACUGUGAAGAGGUCGCACUUGCUUGUUCCUUUAAGAAGAUGAAAAAGGUUGACGAGGAAAUGAAAAGUGACGGUCCAAUGAAGAUCUGGGCAGAGGGCAGCGAAGGAACAUUCUACAGGAAAGGUGAAAUCGGAGACUGGAAGAAUUGGUUCACUGUGGCAGAAAGCGAGAGAUUUGAUCAAAAGUGGAAUGCCAAGAUGAAGGAUUCUGGGUUCACGUUUACCUACACACCUGUGUGAGGUCAUGUAGCGAGAGUCAGCUGCUUUUACCUUACCCUUCCACGAGCAAUACUAGAGCCUGCCUACCCUUCCAUGAAGGAAAAGAGAAUGUGUUUAUUGCCUUUUGAAUUAUAUCAGCUUUUUUUUUAUCUUCAGCUUAUGAAAACCUAAUUUCAAAAGUAUUUAAAGAAAUGUGCCUUGAAUAGAUUGUUGGCUAUGACUGUUACCCUACCUUCAGCAUGACGCUAAACUUAUCUAAGACUAGGGCAAAAACGUUCAUGUGAUUGAACGUAAGGACUCUGCUAAAACGUACACCUCUCACAAGUGUAAACUGGAACGACUCCCACGGCCGAAAGCAGUUUACACUUGUCGGAGGGGUACACAAAGUACGUGAUCUAGACUAUCAGUUGCUGGGAUUCCAUUUGGUGGAAGCAGCGUUGGCUGAGUGGGUUAGAUCGCUGACUUACCGUGCUGGUGAUUAGUUGUCUAACAUUGAGAGUGUUGGACAGUACUAAAAACAUAAAGUACUAGAAUCUGUACUUUAAUGAGAAAUCAUGUGAUAUAAUGAAUAUUGACCAUUUUCUGUAAGGAAUUGAAUUUAAUUCAUACGCACAUUUUAUAUAAUAACUGAAAGUGUAAACAGAAGGAUAGAAUGAAUGACCUUGGAACCUGUGUUCCCCCAUCAUUGAUAUCAAAGAAAUUACCAUAUAUGUACUUCAAGCUUGGUCAAUGACAUCACGCAAUUUCCGCAACAUCUGAUAAUUGUUUCUAUGAUUUUCACUGUAACCAAGACAAAUAGCCAGAGCAGUCAAUGAUUGUGCGUCACUUAUUGGGCUCUGCUUAAUGGAAACUUGGAUAGUUCCUUAUCAAUGUACCAAAUCAAUGUAUGACAUCUGUUUAUACUAUCCUAAUACUGCAACAAUUCUUUACUCUUGCACAUUAAGUUAUUCGGUGCAACAAUUCAAUUCAACAUUAGCCAAUGCAGGCAACGAGACGCAAGAAUGAAUCCCUCAAACAUGGAGAACAUGCUAAACAAUGUAUAAUCUGAGUUUUGCUUUGUUGACAUUUUCAUGGAAGUGCAGCAUUCGUAGUACAGUAUUAGUUUUUGACCAGGGUAACGAUUCUAGUUUUGUUGGCGACGUUUCAGAAUGGACUAUUGUCGAUUUCAUAAAGAAAUAAACAACAGCGAUUACUAACAUGUUAUUUUCCAAAAUACAUUUUACGUUGUAUGUACUUUUCUAGGUUGAUACAGUUAUGUAACUUUUCCCAAAAUGUUGGCGAUAUACCAAAUUUCACAACUGUGACGUGCAUUAUGUGAUUAAACAAGAAUUAUUUUUAACUUCAAAGUGUUCCAGUGCAAUCAACAUGUGAUAACGGUUGAUGCCAAGCCAUUCUGACUUCUAUAUAGUAGCCAGUGAAAGGACUAUACCAGCCAGUGUAUUUUACAUUUGUUUUACUUACUGUUGUUGGUUACUUAACAUUUAGUCCGUUAGAUCAAAUAAGAGACUUAAUAAAAUACACUAAGAUAUACAA